AUGUCAUCUCCCGUAGCAAAAGCUGCGCGCCGUGUGACACACGAGCUUCAUGGUGUUGUCGUCUCUGCUGGCCUAAUGGACAAGACUGUCAAGGUUCGGGUUGGCGGUCAAAAAUGGAACAAGAUUGUCAAUAAGUGGUUUGCCGACCCUAAGCACUAUCUCGUCCACGAUCCCAACUCAUCACUCCGAACCGGCGAUGUCGUUUCCAUUGUCCCUGGAUGGCCAACCUCCCAGCACAAGCGUCACGUUAUCAAGCACAUUAUUGCGCCCUAUGGAACGCCCACCGCAGAGCGCCCUCCCGUGCCCACGUUGGAGGAAAGGAUAGCGGACUACGAGGCUAAGAAGGCCAAAAAGGAUGAGCGAAGGGCGGCGAGACGGCAAGAAGAGGAGAACCAGAGGCUUGAAGAGAAGCGGUUGGAAAACGAAAAGAAGGAAGCUAGACGCAAAGCAUGGGAGGAAGAUCAGCAGAAACGCAAACCUCAGACAUUGGCAAGCGAUGUCGAUUAA